UCCAAUUCCUUAUCAAAAAUGAAACAUUUUUCUCCCACUUCGCUUGCAUUUCGACCCACACAUCUCCACUUAUUUUCUCUCUUUGCAUUGAACUUGCUAUGCUUUACACCAAAAAUAUCUGCUUUUGCUUCAACAAAUGAAAUCGAUAAUUUGGCAUUACUCAAAUUCAAGGAAUCUAUAUCCAGUGACCCAUAUGAAAUUUUCCUUUCUUGGAAUACUUCUACUCACUUUUGUAACUGGUUUGGAAUCACAUGCAAUUCCAAGCACCAAAGAGUUACAGAAUUGAAUUUGGAAAGAUACCGAUUGAAGGGAUCCAUAUCUCCCUACGUAGGCAAUCUCUCUUAUAUGAGAAGCUUCAACCUCGGAAACAACAACUUCUAUGGGAUAAUCCCACAAGAGUUGGGACGGUUGUCACAAUUGCAAUUCCUCUCUGUCUCAAAUAACUCAUUGGUAGGAAAAAUUCCUACAAACUUGAUUGGUUGCACUCAUCUAAAAAUCUUAUUUUUAGGUGGGAAUCAUCUGAUUGGCAACAUACCAUUUGAAUUUGGCUCACUUUGGAAGCUUCAACAGUUGUACGUUUACAAUAACAAUUUAACUGGAGGAAUCCCGUCAUUCAUAGGGAAUCUUUCAUCCUUGACCGAUCUCUCGGUGAGUGCUAACAAUUUAGAGGGAGAUAUUCCACAAGAAAUUUGUCGUCUCAGAAGCUUGAGGUUUCUCUCAUUGGAUAACAAUCAGUUGACUGGAACAUUUCCUUCUUGUCUUUAUAAUAUCUCAUCUCUUCUUGUAUUCUCAGCUUCAAUAAAUCAAAUUAGUGGCUCUCUUCCACCCAACAUGUUCCACACCCUCCCCAACCUCCAAUAUUUUCUUAUUGGUAAGAAUCAUAUCUCAGGUUCAAUCCCACCUUCCAUCUCAAAUGCAUCUAUGCUUUCUAAACUUGAUUUAUGUUAUAACAAUUUCACGGGACAAGUUCCAAGUUUGAGGAAGCUACACCAUCUUUAUGGACUAGCUAUGGGUUGGAACAAUGUAGGUGAAAAUUCAACUAAUGAUUUGGAUUUUUUAAAAUCAUUGACAAACAGUAGUAAGUUGAAAACUUUAUAUAUGCCCCACAAUAAUUUUGGAGGUCAUUUGCCAAGUUCCUUGGGUAAUUUAUCCGUCCAAGUCAGUCAAAUAAUUCUCAGAGGUAAUCAGAUAACAGGUGAAUUAAAAGCGAAACUUGGAAACCUUCUCACACAAUUUUUACACGAAAAAAUUGCAAACCCUCUCAUGACACACAACUAUCCAAAAAUUAACGUGGUUCGGCACUUCUUGCCUAUAUCCACAAAAACUCUCAACAAAUUAUUUUAUUUCUCCACUCAUGUUCUGCAGAAUAAUUCUUUCUUGCAAUAUUUCAAUGUAUCUUUUAACAUGUUGGAUGGUGAGGUUCCAACUGAAGGUGUCUUUCAAAAUGCAAGUGAGUUUAUAGUGACUGGAAAUAAUAAGCUUUGUGGAGGAAUUUCAGAAUUGUAUCUACCACCAUGCCCUGUCAACAGUAAAAAACAUGAAAAAUACCACAAGUUCAGGUUGAUAAUAGUGAUAAUUGGUGUGGUUUCUUUUCUUGUUAUAAUGUCAAUUGUUCUGACUAUUCUCUUAAUGAAGAAAAGGAGUAAGAACCCAUCUUUAGAAUCACCAACAAUUGACCAGCUGGCUAAAGUUUCGUACCAAAGCUUACACAAUGGAACUGAUGGGUUCUCAACUACAAACUUGAUAGGGUCUGGAAACUUUAGCUCUGUCUACAAAGGAUCUAUCGAGUUAGAAGACAAAGUUGUUGCCAUAAAGGUCUUAAAAUUGCAUAAAAAAGGAGCUCACAAAAGUUUCAUUAUUGAAUGCAAUGCACUUAAAAAUAUUAAACAUCGAAAUUUGGUUCAAAUUUUGACAUGUUGUUCGAGCACAGAUUACAAAGGUCAAGAAUUUAAAGCUUUAAUUUUUGAGUACAUGAGAAAUGGAAGCUUAGAGCAAUGGUUGCAUCCCAUGACACCAAGUGUAGAGCAUCCAAGAACAUUGAGCCUUGAUCAAAGAUUAAAUAUCAUGAUUGAUGUUGCUUCUGCAUUGCAUUAUCUUCAUCACGAAUGUGAGCAACCGAUCAUUCACUGUGAUUUGAAGCCAAGCAAUGUUCUUCUUGAUGAUGACAUGAUUGCUCAUGUGAGUGAUUUUGGCAUAGCAAGACUUCUCUCAACCAUUAAUGGAACCACUUCUAAGCAAACAAGUACAAUUGGAAUAAAGGGGACUAUUGGUUAUGCUCCUCCAGAGUAUGGAGUGGGCUCUGAGGUAUCAACUUAUGGUGACAUGUAUAGCUUUGGGAUUCUUAUGUUAGAAAUGCUCACUGGAAGAAGACCUAUAGAGGAAAUGUUUGAAGAUGGUCAAAAUCUCCAUAACUUUGUUGCAAUUUCUUUUCUUGAUAAUCUUUUGCAGAUUUUGGACCCACAACUUAUUCCAAUUGAUGAAGCUGCAAUAUUGGAAGGAAACAAUUGGAGUCUUGAUCCAAAUGUUGAGAAGUGCUUAGUUUCACUUUUUAGGGUUGGACUUGCUUGUUCUAUGGAAUCACCAAAAGAAAGAAUGGAUGUGGUUGGUGUUACCGGAGAGCUUAAUCGAAUUAGAAAAGCCUUUACUGUUGGUGAGAGAAUGUGA